AAAAGCAACUGCGAAGACGAGACUGUCCACAUUUAUGCGCUCUGACUGCUUGAAGAAGGAAAACUACAGGUAAGUGGCUCCCCUUCAGUCCCGUUCUCCAUCCGCACCCUAGAAGAAUUGUCCAGAAGGUGCACACACAGUGCGGCCUGAGCGAAUGACACUCUAACCGUGCAGGAAAGCCACUAAAAAACAGUUUCAGAACAUAUCCUCAAAAAACAGAUAAUGGGGAGCAAUGGGAAUGAGUGCAAGACGCACUCCAAACUGUUCCGCAUCGGGAGCAGGGGAUCACUGAGGGAGCCCCCAAAACCUCCAUCCCAGGCCGCCAAACCCCAUGUCGGAGUCACAACGCCCGCCGAACUGAGCCCAAAGCACCCUGCCCUUGCUACCAAACCCAGCACCAGGGAGUUUAGCAGCAGUGAGCACGGAUCCGCCAUUCUGCAGGGGUUUGAACACUUCCGCUCCGAUGAAUCCCUCUGUGACGUCACUCUGAUUCCGGGUGACAGCAGUUCCACUUUCCCAGUGCACAGGAUCAUCAUGGCUUCAGCCAGCGACUACUUUAAAGCCAUGUUCACAGGCGGGAUGAGAGAGCAGGAGCAGAAGGUGAUUAAGCUGCACGGAGUGAGCGAGGUGGGCCUGAGGAACAUCAUCGACUUCAUCUACACGUCCCGCGUCUCCCUGAGCCUCCGCUGCCUGCAGGACACGCUGGAGGCCGCCAGUUUCCUGCAGGUGCUGCCCGUUCUGGGCUUCUGCAAGGAGCUGCUCCGGAGCGAGGUCACCAUAGAAAACUGUGUGGAAGUGGGCAACAUCGCCAGCGACCUUCUCCUGGAGGAGGUGCAGACCUACAUCAACGAGUUUGUCUGCCAGAACUUCGCCCAGUUGGUGAAAACGGAGACGCACCUGCUGCUGUCGGAGUCCAGCGUGGCCUACGCCCUCUCCAGCAACUCCCUCAAGGGCUUCACCGAGAUGGAGCUGUUCCGGGCGGCGCGGGCGUGGCUGGCCCACGACCCCGUCGCUCGUCGCCCGCACACCCACACCCUGAUGAAGUGCAUCCGCUUCCCCCUCAUGAGCCCCACCGAGCUGCUCCAGAUCUCCCAGGAGGACGACGGCACCCUCCGGACGGACACGGCCUGCGUCAACCUCCUGCUGGAGGCCAGCAACUACCAGAUGAUGCCCUUCCUGCAGCCGGCGCUGCAGUCGGAGCGCACGCACAUCCGGUCCGACGCCAACCACCUCCUGGCGCUGGGCGGGGUGAUGCGGCAGCAGCUGGUGGUGAGCAGGGAGCUGAGGCUCUAUGAUGAGGAGGGCCAGGCCUGGAGGGCCCUGCAGCCCAUGGACAUGCCCCGCUACCAACACGGCGUGGCCAUGAUCAGCAACUUCCUCUACAUCGUGGGCGGCCAGAGCAACUACGACACCAAGGGCAAGACGGCGGUGGACAGCGUGUACCGCUACGACCCGCGAUUCGACCGGUGGCUGCAGGUGGCCUCGCUCAACGAGAAGAGGACCUUCUUCCACCUCAGCGCCUUGAAGGAGAAGCUGUACGCGGUGGGAGGCAGGAACUCUUCGGGAGAGAUCGGCACUGUUGAGUGCUACAACCUCGGUAAGAACGAGUGGACAUUCGUGUCACCGAUGACAGAGCCCCACUAUGGGCAUGCAGGAACAGUGCACGGGGAGCUGAUGUAUGUGUCUGGUGGAAUCACGCGAGACACGUUCCAGAAGGAGCUGUCCUGCUACGAUCCUGAGACGGACAGCUGGAGCCGGCGGGCGGACAUGACCACGCUGCGGGGCCUGCACUGCAUGUGCACCGUCGGGGACCACCUCUACGUGAUGGGCGGGAACCACUUCCGGGGCGCCAACGACUACGACGACGUGCUGAGCUGCGAGUUCUACAGCCCCGCCGCCGACCAGUGGACCGCUGUGGCGCCCAUGCCCAGGGGCCAGAGCGACGUGGGCGUGGCCGUCUUCCGGGGCCAGAUCUACGUGGUGGGGGGCUACUCGUGGAACAGCCGCUGCAUGGUCAACAUCGUGCAGCGGUACGACCCCAAAAAGGACGAGUGGGAGCAGGUGUUCAAUGUCCUGGAGCCGCUGGGUGGGAUCCGGGCCUGUGCCAUGACGGUCCACCCCCCCGACGGGUCAGUGGAGGCCCAGACCCAGGAGUGCCCCCUCUCUACCCCAAAACGAUGAACGGGAGGAGGGUCAGUAGAACUCUGAUACAGAGGUAACAAAGUAACAUUUGGUUGCCUGCAAUUUUGUUCUGGGAAAGGGGUAUAAAGUGGGUGCCUGAACAAAACUUUAUUACAAUUGACCUACCCUGCCUUUACCCAUUUCAUGUUGUAAAGAAGAUAUUUUUGUUCUGUUAAUAAAUUAUUAUUGACCAAAAGUUAUUUUACAAAAGAAUUCCUUACACAACAUAUUGUUAUUAGAUAAAUUGACCACAGGCUCAACAUACUGGACUAAAGAGAUAUCUUUGACACCACUGGACCCCAGGAACAACCACUAUGGAGCCGUACCCAGGGAAGAGAGGAGAGGAGUUGGGAGAGAGAAAGGUUACCUCUGGCUAAGCAACCAGAGCUUGCAACCUGGACUGCUGACCUAACUGGACCAAAGAUGCCACAAAUAUAAUAGGAUAUAGUAUGCUUUUUAAAUUUGGUGUGUCUCCUGGACCCCCUUCCCAAUCAGCCCAAAGAAGAAACAAACUUUCUUUGUACAUUCAAUAUGUUGUAGCUUCUAGUAAUUAGAAGUGAAUUGGACUAAAGGUCAAGUAACAAUUCAGCUGUUGUAAAGACUACAGUGAGUCAACUGGAAAAUACCAAAUCACACAUAACAGAAUAAUUAUCUUCUUUGUUGCAGAUUACUAUAAACAUAAAAUAAAGUCAUGAAAUGAUAAGAUGUGGAUAUAAUACGGUAUGAUUAAACAGGCCAAUGUUUACCGUAACUGAAAUCAAAGAAGUAGACACAUGGUGGCUAUAUCACAAAAAGUCCCAAUUUCCCACUUCAAUUUGGGGAAAUUCCCCACAUUAUAAUAGAGCCCAAUGUCAUAUGUGGAAUGCCUGGGGGAUUGUGUAACAUCUGGCAGUCACAAGGCAAAAUUUUGUUAGGCAUUCAUAUUUUACAGUGGUUGAUUAGAAAGCCUGUCAUACGAGCUGCGGCGGUGCAACAGGCUAAGACGCAGCAGACUUGCGGUUGCAGUUUGCUGCAGUUGCACACUGGGGACUGGGGUUCGAUUCGCGGUCCUGCCAAAAGCCAAGUUUGGCCGGCUCAUGUGGAGCAGCAAUAAUUGGCUCGUUAGGGGACAAAUGUGACAAAUGUGUGAUCUCUUGAAGAUGAUGUGAAAUAUGUGAAAGCAACCUUGGUCCAGUGACAUCAUCACAAAGAUAAGACCAUAGGGAGGCCAAAUGUUAAAAUGCAAUGCCAAGGUCUAGAGAGCCAUUAAACAGAUAAAUGAUUUUAGUUAGCAGUGGACAGACUGACAUUAACCAACUCUAUUCACUGGUAUGAUGAGAAACAUAAUGGUCACGCAAUUACAACAUUGCACUCUUCUUGUGAAGAUUGCUAUAGCUCAUUUGGGAGUACCAAAGAAAAUGUCACAAACCCACACCAUCAAUAAUAUCGCAAUGGACUAAACUGAACACCACUCUAUUGAUGCAACAGCGGUUCAGCAAUAGCAGUUCAGCAACAGCAGAAGUUAAAUAUUAUACAGAAGCUUUUCCUACACACCACUGACUUUAGCCGUUGUUGGUUGCCAAGGACACAGCAGGGAGGGCACUUCCAGUACUACUGGAGAAGCCUUAAAUAUUAUGUUUAUACAAUACAUUUAUAUUCAUACACAGGAAACUGUUCAGUGUUAAAUCAACUCAAAGUAGACUGAAUGAACACAGGACAUUUUACUGAGUAUUAUGUUUAGGUCCAUUCUGAUGACGACUGUGACACGACUGUGACACAUCUGUGCAUUUCAUUAUUUGAAUAAAGUAUAUACUGUAUGUUAUGUUA